CCCAACCAUGUUUGCCGGGGUUGUAGUUACAUUAUGUAAUCUUCCAAGUCCUGCAUAAUACUUUGCAUACAUAAGGAGGAAAUCUUCCUGUUUUUUCCUUAUCUAUUGCAAGGGAACCAGUCUAUCAUUUCGUUACCAACUCAGUGACGCAUACGUAUAGUGUCACUGAUUAUACUUGAUGGCAGCAAAAACGUGAAUAGGGACACUCGUCUCAUCCUUUAAGAACUCCUUCAAAGCGGAAUUGAGCAUUGCUCUCUGGCGUACAAGGUCCCGUGGAUUUUGUUUUAGUGGGAGUCGGACUGUAUUCCCCCAUCCAUCCUCUUAACUAGAGCGGUGUGUCGAUUCUGCUUGAGUUCCGUCUGCUUAGAUCGAGUCAUUGUCUACGAAACAAUAGGUGAAAUCAUGGCGACGGCAUCUACAUUGCAAGCUAGGCGUCAGGUUACGAGAGUGUCCAAGCAAAGCGAAUGUGGAUGGGGUAUUGUGGUGGUUAUUGCUGCCCACGUCGGCAUGGCAUCGAGUGGUAUCCUGCGGUGCAGUGGGAUCCUGUAUCUUCCCUGGAUGAAUGAGUUCGACUUGAGUGCCAAGGAGACGGCGGCCAUUCAAAGUUUCAUGUCAUCCCCAGCAGGGUUCGCAGUUCUCAUUGGAGGAGUUCUAAGCAACCGCUUCGGUUGUAGAUUUACGGGUAUACUAGGAGGGUUCUUGAUGUGGCUUGGUCUCUUCUGUACCUAUUGGGUCAACGACAUAGUUCAGCUCUACGCAACUGCUGCCAUAAUAGGUAUUGGAAUGGGCAUUCUCGUCAACGCUGCAAGCGUAAUUAUCACCUUUUAUUUCAUAAAGAGAUUCAAUGUGGCCAACGCAGUUACCUACGCGGGACGCGGGACGGGGAUGAUAGCUAUCCCUCCGCUUUUCCAACUUUUGCUGGACAGCUACGGGUGGAGGGGUGCUUUUUUAGUCACAUCCGCAAUCAUGGCAAACGUCAUACUCUGUGGCGUGCUUUUCCGACCUCGUCAAUUCGGCCUGGCACUGAACACAACCGAGUCUACAACAAGUUCACAAGAGGAACUGAGACAGCAGCCCUCAGGUGAAAAAGACAACGGUACUGAUGGUGACGAUUAUACCGAUGGAAGAACUGGUGAAGUUACAGAUGAACCCGAUACUUCGACCGCGGUACCGGUACGAUAUGUCGAAACGAGUACUGGCGAUAAAACUGAGUAUAUUUCACUUCAAUACUCUAACCGAUCCGGACGAGUGGUGAAACUUCUUAAAGGAUUGUCGGGCGAAAUCGGGCUGAAUAUCAUGAGGAAAAGCUUCCGUUUUUCCCUGAGCUGUGCCAUACAGUUGUUGUAUUGCUGUGGCUUUGUGGCAUUUCCAAUGUUCCUCAUCCCACGUGCACAGACCAUUGGUGUGGCGCCCUCUAGUGCCGCAUCCUUGAUGAGCAUCCUGGGCAUAGGGAGCCUGAUUGGUUCUCUAGGAAACGCACUGAUGAUCGGCUGGAGAAUCUCAGCUGAGCACGUGAUAGCUAUUUGUGCGGGCCUAGCGGGAAUCGCGUGCCUUCUGGUUACUGCAGACGGCUAUGCCUAUCUGGCAGUGGCUUCAUUCAUUUACGGCUUCGCCUCCGGAGCUUUCUUCGCCAUUUCCAUCGUCCUCUGCCGCAGCUUUGUUGGGGUGCAGCACUUCGCCCUAGGAGUCGGGUUGAUGAACGUUUUCAUUGGCACCGGCUACCUCAUAGGGCCGGUAAUAGCAGGAUGGAUCUUUGAUGCUACACGGAGCUAUGUUGCUGUGUUCUACAUGUUGACUGGAGUACACUUCACUUGCGCAUUAAAGUGUCUACUCUUACCUCUACUGAAACGCAUAGAACCUGGAUUAGACCCCAAAGUAUCGGAUGAAUAAAGUAUGCAUAUGAAUAGGGCCAGCUCAAUUGACCCUACGAUUGUAUACGGACACGACAUUUUGAAAUGGUUUAAUUUGGUCUACUAUAUUCAUAUUUGUUUUCCAAUUCUCGGUUUUGAUUGGUGAUCUGAAUUUAACGCAUAUUCAUAAAAUAUCACAGUUGACUCUUGCGUUCCUUUGACGAGAAAAUGCUUUGAAAUUAUAGCGCGUUUAUGUUUUAUUAAGCAAAGUACUUUUGAUAAAACUACGGCAUCGUCUAAAUCUGCAAACCGAAUGGAGGCCGAAAUUACUAGUCGUACCUGAUGUGUUCAACAAUAAACCAGAAUUGAAGAUGAACCUGUGUUCGUGUCUUUCCCGGCCUAUCUUGACAAACAAACCUCUGUGCUUGGGCAACUUCUCAGUAUCCUGCUUUAACUGAGGCUCUGUAUGUGUUUGCUUAUACUCUAGACACCUAAUAUUGUGUCAACUGCGGCAAAGGUGCCAUUAGGUUUGGGUCUUUGGCCAAUAAGGUUGAACUUUUGGCGGAGCUCACUUUUUUUCUAACAUGUUUUCUGAACGGAAGCGUCUGGUUUGCUGAUUUCGCACACAGUUACUUUACACAUCACGUUUACUUUCCACAUUUCACAUUAACAUGCUGAAAUUAACUUUAAAUAAUAAGAGUGGGAGUUUUCUACCAUACCUAACUAACAAAAGAAAAGACACGAACACAGGUUCAUCUUUAAUUCUGGUUAAUUGUUAAACACAUCUGGGGAGACUGUUAACCAAGGGAAGGUGAGAAAAACCUUCUGACUCCCAGCUCUUACCUAACAGUAUACAAAAGUUCCUUGAAUUUGAAAAGCCACCCUGGUAUUAACAAAAGACCUUUUUGGUGAAACUCCCACUAAGGACAUGUACAGUGGAAAUUCAGUGAAGUAGAUUCAUGGCCUGAUCAACUAAUCUGUAGGGGAUAAAUACACAAUCUUUUUAAUUUGAGUGAUAGUAUCAUUACAUUCAAGGGAAUGUACAACUUUUGUCAGAAAUAAAUGGAUUUGGAGGAUUAGAAUGUAGCAAAUAUUAUCAAA